UACAUUGAUUCAUUAAAUUUUCCUUUUAAUUUGUUUAUGGUGAUUGAAUCAUCCAAUAGUGACGCUGAAAUCAUGAGACAAAAACAAUUAAAAGCUUUAGAGAAAAAAGAAACAUCCUCCUAA